GAUGCCGAGUCUCAGCUCCUGCCCGACGUGGGGGCCGUGGUGACGUGCAAGGUUUGCAGCAUCAACUCCCGCUUUGCCAAGGUGCACAUCCUGUAUGUCGGCUCCACGCCACUGAAGUCCACCUUCCGUGGCACCAUACGGAGAGAAGAUAUUCGAGCCACGGAGAAAGAUAAGGUAGAAGUGUACAAGAGUUUCCGCCCUGGUGACAUUGUCCUGGCCAAAGUCAUCUCACUGGGGGACGCGCAGUCCAACUACCUGCUGAGCACGGCAGAGAAUGAGCUGGGCGUGGUGGUAGCGCGCAGCGAGGCAGGUGUGCAGAUGGUGCCCAUCAGCUGGUGUGAGAUGCAGUGCCCGCGGACGCACACCAAGGACUUCCGUAAGGUGGCCCGCGUGCAGCCCCAGUUUCUGCAAACCUAGCAGGACCCUGCCCUGAGGAGCUGCGGAGACCCUGCAGGGCCAGGGGCUGCUGACCUGG